UUUUUGUCUCGACAGUCUUAAUCCAGCUUUUAGCCGAACCAGUUCAGGAAACUCGUGCCCGGAAACUGUCUCCAGUGUAGCACUAACAAUAAGUGCUAUUUCUUAGACUCGGAUCAAAAACGAUAUAAAAUAUCUGGCUAUUUAUAAUUUUUACAUAUAGUAUUUAUAUAUAUCAUAGUUUUUAAAUUUUUAUAUACUUUUACAUCGACGAGUGAAAAUCAGAGGACGCAACGUGAAGAUAUAUCAAAAAACUGUGUUAAACAGUUUUUUAUUUAUAUAUAAUUAAUUAUUUAUAUAAUUAAUUGCUGGACAAAAUUAUCACACGUGAUAAAUUUGUCGCUCAUCAUUUCGAUAUUUAUCUGAAGAGUUUCAUUACGUUAUCAAAUCUUUCUGGAAGGAAAAAUAACGUAAAGUAGAAACUAAAAGAGAGAUAAGACACUAAAAGGCUUUCUAGAUUAAAAAGGAAACAAUGCCAAGUAGUAAAACGAGAAUCGCUAUUAUUGGUGGUGGAGUGGCUGGUUUGGUGGUAGCCCGUCAUGUGGUAUCUAGAUUAGAUAUUUACAGUCUAAUGUUGUUCGAACAAACCGAUCAUAUCGGUGGCACAUGGGUCUACACUGACGAAACGAAUGUUGAUAAACACGGACUUCUUAUACACAGCAGCAUGUAUAAGAAUCUUAGAACGAAUAUACCGAAGGAAGUAAUGCAGAUACCUGAUUUUCCUUUAAAUCAGGAGGGUCCAUCUUUUGUUCAUCAUAGCGUAAUAAAGGAAUAUCUUGUGGACUAUGCAGAACACUUCAAUCUUCAUCCUUACAUUAAAUUGAAUACUCUGGUGAAGCACAUAGAACCGGAGAUUCUGAGAAACGGCCAGGCGGUGUGGAUGCUGACGUACGAAGAUUUGGAAUCUAAAGUAGAAACCACGAAAACUUUUGACGCCGUUGUGUUGUGCAACGGUCAUUACACUGUCGGUCAUGUUCCGCAUAUUCCAGGUAUCGAAAACUUCCACGGUGAUUGUAUUCACAGCCACCAAUAUAGAAAGCCAGAAGUAUACGCCAACAAGAAUGUUUGCAUACUCGGCGCGUCCUGGUCCGGUAUCGAUAUCGCACUGGAAGUCUCGCAAUACGCUGACAAAGUAUACUUGAGUCAUAAUUUGACAAAACCCAUCGACUCAAAAAUGUCAAGCAACGUCGAGCAAAAACCCGGCAUCAAGUCCGUUCAAGGAAACAUCUUCAUCUUCUGCGAUGGCUCCUCGGCGAAAGUGGACAGUUUCAUAUAUUGCACUGGUUACAAGUUCACGUAUCCCUUUAUGUCAACUAAAGUUAAGAUACGUACGGACGAUAACCACGUUGAACCCAUUUACAAGCACCUGGUGCACAUGGAUUACACGAAUCUGUUCUUCAUGGGUUUACCCGCCAUCGUGAUACCAUUCCCGAUGUUCCACAUUCAAGCACAAUACAUCCUCGGAAUCCUCGAAGGCCGCAUUCAGUUGCCAUCGUCGCAAAGAAUGCGCGAGGAAUACAAGCUCGAAAAGAAGGCCCUAUUGGAUCAAGGAAUUCAGCUGAGACAUAUCGGUAAACUCAAGGAAAGGCAGUGGGCUUACUACAAUGAGAUCGCGGCCGCUGCCAAUAUUGCGAGUUUUCCACCAGUGAUCAGGAAAAUCUUCGAUCACGUUAGCGAUAUGCGUGAUAUAAAUUUCACUACUUACAAAAAUUAUCAAUACCGCAUCAUCGACAAUGAAAACUUCAGCGUAUGUUAUUGUAAACCUUGUUAGGAUCUACUUAAAAGAAAAAAAGAAAACAGAAAGUGAAAUGCAGUAAUCUUAUCACAGAAUGGUUGGACGGUUCAAAAGCCCGACAAACUGUUUAUAUCUUCCAUCAGUUGCAACACCACGAGUCUGUAAACAGAUCUUUAUGCUUCGAAAACAAAUAUUGUUCCAAUAAGAACAAUUAGCGGAUUGUUAUAAGAAUCAAACAAAGGCACCAAACCCGUUUAUUAGACUGAUGCAUUAAUGAGUUUAUCAUUGAUUAUGACGUGCUUCUACGCAAGAUCAACUCGUAAUAUAACUUAUUACAUGCUAAACGAUUGCUAAGAGAAGAUAAUUAACAAAGAACCAACAAGGUUAUCACUAUUUUUGCAAUAUAUGACCAAAAAAGUAACAUAUAUGCAUAUAUGGACAUGAAUAAUCAAUUGUCAGAAAUCUUUACAUAUUUACAAUAAAAGAGCAAGAAUUAUAUUUA